AUGAGCGGAUCGCCCGGGUCUUUGACAGACGUGGAAUACCCUGCCUGGUGUCAGGAUGAUGAGGUACCGGUGACGAGGCAGGAGCUUAGCGAGAUAUUCGAUGGAUUGGCAGCCAAGUUUGGAUUUCAGCAGUCGUCGAAGGAGAACAUGUUGCAUCAUCUACUGGCGCAGCUAGAUUCGCGGGCCAGUCGGUCAGGCGCUCGCAAUGCGUUGCUGUCGCUUCAUGUGUCGUACAUCGGCGGCGAGCAGGCGAACUUCAGGAAGUGGUUUUUCGCGUCACAGAUGGAUCUCGAUGAAGAGGUUGGCUUCCAGAACAUGAAACUGCGUGGAAAGUCGCGCCAGAGAAAUCUUAAACUGGCAAAGAAACGAGGAAUUUCGAUUAAAGAACAGAUGGAACAAUGGAACCAGAAAGAACAGGAAUUCAUCAACAGCCACCGCAAGAUUACCUUAACUCACGAGCAGUUACGUGACCGAGAAUGUUACGAGACGGCUGAUUACAAGUGGAAGUUGAAGAUGAGGCAACUCAGUUACCAUGAAAUGGCAAGACAGUUGGCAUUGUAUUUGCUCUGCUGGGGGGAAGCGAAUCAGAUACGAUUUGCACCUGAAUGUUUGUGUUUCAUAUUCAAAUGUGCGCUUGAUUUCGAUACUGCGACCGAAUGUGCGUCCACCAGAAUCGCGGCAAACGAAGAUGAUGAAGCUGCAGCUCCGAAGUCAAUCCCGAUUGUAGCGCCAGAAUUUACCUUCAUGAACAAUACUAUUAAUCCAUUGUACGAUUUUUUGAGAGAUCAAGUCUACACUAAGGAUUCCACCGGUCGGUGGGUUAGAAAAGACAAAGAUCAUAAGGAUGUUAUCGGUUACGAUGAUGUCAACCAACUUUUUUGGUAUCCGGAGGGCAUCGAAAGAAUUGUGUUGCGAAAUGGGGAGAGACUGGUAGAUAAACAAUUGCAAGAAAGAUAUGUUCAUUUUAAGGAUAUCGAAUGGUCCCGAGUAUUCUAUAAGACGUAUCGAGAGACAAGAGGAUGGAUGCAUUGUGUCACAAAUUUUAAUCGCUUUUGGAUCAUCCAUUUAGCUCCGUUCUGGUUCUUCACAUCGUUCAAUGCCCCAACUUUCUACACAAAGGACUAUAUUCAGUUACUUAAUAACCCUCCAACACCUCAAUCCAGACUCUCAGCCAUGGCUCUAGCAGGAACUGUCUCUUGCCUGAUCCAAAUAUUUGCUACAGUUUUCGAAUGGCGAUUCGUUCCCCGCGACUGGCCUGGAGCCCAGCAUUUGAAAAGAAGACUAUGUGGUUUGAUUGUUUGCCUACUGAUCAAUUUUGGCCCUUCUGUUUACGUUUUUGGGUUUUUCGAUUUAGACGUCCACUCGCGAUCGGCCUAUAUCACUUCAAUCAUUCAAUUAAUUAUAGCGAUCAUAACUACGUUAUUCUUUGCGAUAAGACCCUUGGGUGGCCUAUUCGGAUCCUAUCUGAAUAUCGGUAAACGAAAGAGAAAAUAUGUUGCUUCACAAAUCUUUACAGCCUCCUUUCCCUCACUGAGCGGUAGAAGUAGAUGGUUCUCAUAUGGGCUAUGGUUUUUUGUGUUCCUGGGAAAAUUUAUCGAGUCAUAUUUCUUCUUGACUUUAUCGCUUAGAGAUCCCAUCAGAGUUCUUUCUAUUCUAGACAUGUCGAGAUGCGCAGGCGACAGUCUACUCGGCAAAUGGUUUUGCACAUGGCAGUCGAAGAUCACAUUAGGGUUAAUGAUUUUGACUGAUCUUGGACUCUUCUUUCUGGACACUUAUCUUUGGUACAUUAUCUGCAAUUGCGCUUUUUCCAUAAUGUUGUCGUUUUCCCUGGGUACAUCAAUAUUGACUCCAUGGAAGAACAUUUAUGCAAGACUACCCAAGAGAAUAUACUCAAAAAUUUUGGCAACUUCUGAGAUGGAUAUCAAGUAUAAACCUAAAGUCUUAAUUUCGCAAGUGUGGAACGCUAUUAUUAUUUCGAUGUAUCGGGAACAUCUAUUAUCUAUCGAGCAUGUUCAGAAGCUCUUAUUUCAACAGGUUGAUGCGAUGGACCAAGAAAAGAAAACAUUAAAGUCACCCACUUUCUUCAUCGCUCAGGAUGAUUCUACAUUUAAGUCCGUCGAGUUUUUCCCCUCUAACUCUGAAGCCAGAAGAAGAAUCUCAUUUUUUGCACAAUCAUUGUCAACGCCAAUAACAGAACCUAUGCCCGUGGAAUGUAUGCCAACAUUCACUGUCCUCAUUCCACAUUAUUCGGAAAAAAUCUUGCUUACCUUAAGGGAAGUCAUCAAGGAAGAAUCUAACAAGAGCAAGAUAACAGUUCUUGAGUAUUUGAAGCAGCUACAUGAAGCUGAAUGGGAUUCUUUUGUUAGAGAUACAAAGCUAUUAUCUAUGGAAAAAGGCGCCACAAAGGCUCUCUGCGAUGAUAGCAUGAAUUGUUCAGAGAUGUCGCUUAAUCAACUAAGCGAUCGCGGUAAUGCUCUCAAUGGGGACGAUAAUGAAGGUAAUGACGAAGUGCAGAAGAAAAUUAAUGAUCUUCCUUAUCAAGUCUUUGGUUUUAGCACUUCAGAAACAUCCUACACUUCAAGAACAAGAAUAUGGGCGUCUCUGAGGUGCCAAACUUUGUAUCGAACAGUGUCAGGUUUCAUGAACUACUCUAAAGCAAUUAAGCUUUUGUACAGAAUUGAAAAUCCAUCUCUUCUACAAUAUUAUGGGUAUCAAACUGACGCCUUGGAAAGCGGAUUGGAGAUUAUGGCAAACAGAAAGUUUAGAAUGCUAGUCGCGAUGCAGCGAUACACAAAAUUUAAUCGAGACGAAAGAGAAGCAACAGAAUUACUUUUGAGAUUGUAUCCAACCAUGUAUAUAUCGUUUUUGUUGGAAGAGAGAUGCUCAGACCAAGAAGAGCCAUGGUACUACUCAUGUCUUACUAAUGGGCAGGCGGAAAUUGAUCAAGGUACUGGGUUAAGGAAACCGAUCUUUAAGGUUCGCCUUUCAGGAAAUCCUAUUCUGGGCGAUGGGAAGGCAGAUAAUCAAAAUCAUUCCUUGAUUUUUUAUCGUGGUGAAUAUAUUCAGGUGAUAGAUGCGAAUCAAGACAACUAUUUAGAAGAAUGCUUGAAGAUUCGCUCUGUCCUUAGCGAAUUCGAAGAGAUGAGCAUCAAUCAGACUGUGCCUUACAUACCUGGAAUCGAAUACGAAGAUGAACCAUCACCAGUGGCAAUCCUAGGUGCAAGAGAAUACAUAUUCUCCGAGAACAUUGGAGUGCUUGGCGAUAUAGCCGCCGGAAAGGAACAGACUUUCGGCACUCUUUUUGCAAGAACAAUGGCUGAAAUUGGUGGUAAACUUCAUUAUGGACACCCUGAUUUUCUGAAUGCAAUUUUCAUGACUACAAGAGGCGGACUAUCGAAGGCUCAAAAGAGUCUUCAUCUGAACGAGGAUAUCUAUGCUGGUAUGAAUGCAAUGUGCCGCGGUGGAAGGAUAAAGCAUAGUGAUUAUUAUCAAUGUGGAAAAGGUAGAGAUUUGGGGUUUGGGUCGAUCCUGAACUUUACGACUAAGAUUGGCGCUGGAAUGGGUGAACAACUUCUGUCGAGGGAAUACUAUUAUCUGGGAACUCAGCUGCCAAUUGAUAGAUUUUUAUCUUUCUUCUACGCCCAUCCAGGCUUUCAUUUGAAUAAUGUCUUCAUCUCACUUUCCGUGCAGCUCUUCUUUCUCCUCCUUCUAAAUCUGGGCUCUUUAAAACAUGAGACGAUUUUAUGUUAUUACGACAGGAAUAUGCCUAUCACUGCCCUUGAAGAACCAGUUGGAUGUUACAACAUUCAACCAGCCCUUCAUUGGGUAUCGAUCUUUGUGCUUUCUAUCUUUAUUGUGUUUUUCAUAGCAUUUGCGCCACUGCUCAUACAAGAGCUGCUGGAGAAGGGGGUAUGGAAGGCUGCGUCACGAUUCCUCCAUCAUUUAUUUUCGAUGGCACCUUUAUUUGAGGUUUUUGUUUGUCAGGUUUAUUCAAACUCAUUACUGAGUGAUCUCACAUUUGGAGGAGCCAAGUAUAUCUCAACCGGCAGAGGAUUUGCUAUAACUAGAAUCGAGUUCGCCAUUCUGUACUCGAGAUUUGUUAAUGUUGCCAUCUACUCAGGCCUACAAGUUUUCUUGAUGCUAAUUUUUGGGAUGGUUUCAAUGUGGCAGCCAGCACUAUUAUGGUUUUGGAUUACAGUGAUUUCAAUGUGUUUCGCUCCUUUCAUAUUCAAUCCCCAUCAAUUUGCCUUUACCGACUUCUUCAUCGAUUACAGGAGCUUUAUUCACUGGUUAUCAGCUGGUAACACUAAGUCCAAGAAAGAAUCGUGGAGCAGUUUUGUCAAAACUUCGAGGGCGAGAUACACCGGGUAUAAAAAGAAAACCAUCAACGACUCAUCAACUAAUGCAAUCAUCGAUAGCAGGGGUGCUAAACUUGGGAAUGCAUUAUUCGCCGAGCUAUUCCUGCCAUUUUUCGUUUUCCUGUUCAAUUUCACAAGUUACACAUUCAUUAACGCACAAACCGGAGUGAAACAGACUAGUCCAAGCCAGUCGGUUGUACGUCUACUUCUCGUCACUAUGCUUCCGAUUUUAAUGAACGUUAUUAUGUUGCUGUCCCUGUUUGGCACAUCUUUCGUGAUUGCACCACUACUAGCGACUUUUUGCAAGAGAGGAGGUGGGGCAAUGGCCUUCAUUGCCCAUGCUACCUCUGUGGUGAUCUACCUGAUCGAUUUUGAAUUGAUGUGGCUCUUAGAAGGAUGGAAUUUUGCAAGAACGCUGUUGCUGCUGAUUGCAACCAUCAACUUACAUAUACUACUAUUCAAGGUAUUCACGAUAUUGGUCUUGACCAAAGAACUCAAAAACGAUUCUUCUCAUUUGGCCUGGUGGUCCGGCAAUUGGUAUAACACAGGAUGGGGUUGGACAAUACUGCUACAGCCGCUACGAGAGUUCUCCGUUAAGAUUAUGGAAUCGAGCUAUUUCGCUGGAGACUUCUUCUUGGCGCAUCUCCUUCUCUAUGUUCAAACCCCGUUUAUUUUCAUCCCAUUCAUUGACCAUUGGCACUCCAUGAUACUCUUCUGGUUGAAGCCAUCGAGAAUAGCCAUGACAAAGAAGCUUUACAGUAAGAAACAGAAGAAGCGGAGAAACGCGAUCGUGCGCAAGUAUUUUAUGUUAUAUUUCGGCCUCCUGGGCACCUUACUAGCCUUACUGAUAGCGCCCUUCUUCGCUGACAUGCUGGUUUCAGAUCCGUCUCAAAUGGUGGCAAACUCACCGCUCGAUGGCGUAAUCCAGCCCAAUCACCAAAACAACAACGACACAGGACCAAAUGCGCCAUCUACGAUACUGACCACUACGCCUCCUUUUCCGCAUUUCAGAACAGUGCCCUAG